CUUCACUACUGUUCAACCUUGUAUUAAGCGCAGUUCUUCCCGGUUCCUGAUUUCCCACCUCACCUUAUCUUCUUUCUCAAAUUUCUCGUCUUUAGCUCUUUCCUUUCCUCAACAAUGGCGGAGGACAACCCGAAUGAACAGACUGCUUCUCAGCAGGAAGUUCAAGGAGAAGGAGAAAACAAGCAAAAUGAACAAUACCUUGAUGCUCUAUCUUCAGAUAGUUCAAAAUCCUUGUACGAGCACCAGUACGACUCUGACGAUUCUUCCUACUACAACGAGGAGGAGAAUGAGCCAUUGGAUUAUGGUCGGCGGGGAGUAGAGAUGGCGUCGUUGGAGAAUACUCCGGAGUCGAACUUUCGACUGUUUAGUCGAGCACUCGACAGCAGGCGAGUAAAGAGGCGGCAAGAAUUAGAGGAUGAAGACUAUGAGUUACAAGAAGAAAUUUUUGAUUUUCCUGAGGACCCUGAAAAGUGGACAGAGGAGGACUUGCAAGAGCUUUGGAUGGAUGCUCCCUUGUAUUCGAUGAGUGUUGGUUGGGAUCCACUUUGGGCGGAUGAGGAGGAGUGGGAGUUAGUGACAGAUGAGGUUGAGCGUGGGAAUGAUCCUCCCAUUGCGCCAUUCUAUAUCCCUUACCGGCAACCAUACCCUUUAAUUCCAGAUGACAAUUAUGAUGUUUCAAGUCCUAAAGCAGUGAUCGAAGAAUUGGAUAGGAUUGAGGAGUUUCUCAGAUGGGUUAGCUAUAUUUUUCCUGAUGGAAGCUCGUAUGAAGGCACUGUUUGGGAUGAUGUGGCUCACGGUAAAGGUGUUUACGUUGCUGAACAGGGGCUGGUCAGGUAUGAAGGUGAAUGGCUGCAGAACAAUAUGGAGGGUCAUGGGGUCGUUGAGGUUGAUAUUCCUGACAUAGAACCUGUUCCUGGUUCCAAGCUCGAAGAAAAAAUGCGUGCUGAAGGGAGAACGUUCGCUAGAGAUUUUAUGGACCCAGAAGACAAAAGGUGGCUGGAAAUGGACAUUGAAGAUAGCAUCCAACUGGCUGGAGGAAAUUAUGAGAUUCCUUUUAAUGAGAGAGAUGAAUGGAUUGAGCAUUUCGGAGAGAAACCGGAGACCGGUCGGUACCGUUAUGCUGGUGAAUGGAAGCAUGCCAGAAUGCAUGGAUGUGGAGUAUAUGAAGUUAACGAGCGCACAGUAUGGGGGAGGUUCUAUUUUGGGGAGCUGUUGGAAGAUUCUACUGGAUGUGAUGAGAACACCUCAGCGCUUCAUGCAGGAUUAGCAGAAGUUGCUGCUGCAAAGGCCCGAAUGUUUGUCAACAAACCUGAUGGAAUGGUUAGAGAAGAGAGAGGUCCAUAUAGUGAUCCACAGCAUCCCUAUUUCUAUGAGGAAGAAGACACGUGGAUGGCACCUGGCUUCAUCAAUCAAUUUUAUGAAGUCCCUGACUAUUGGAAAACAUAUGUGCACGAGGUAGAUCAGGAAAGAGAAAUGUGGUUAAAUUCCUUUUACAAAGCUCCACUGAGAUUACCGAUGCCUGCAGAACUUGAAUACUGGUGGGAACAAGAUCAUAUUCCCGAGUUCGUUCUCGUCAACAAGGAACCGGAGCCUGAUCCAGAAGAUCCAUCAAAGCAUGUAUACACUGAAGAUCCUCUGAUCCUACACACACCUACAGGACGAUUAAUAAAUUAUAUAGAGGAUGAGGAGUAUGGGGUUCGUAUGUUUUGGCAGCCACCUUUAAAAGAAGGAGAGGAUGUCGACCCAGAGAAGGUCGAUUUUUUACCACUUGGCUUCGAUGAGUUUUAUGGUAGAGCAGUAACUGAAAAGAAGGAAAAUUUUUUGAUGCGGUUUGUCUCUGGGCUGGAAAAUGGAUUGAAAUCAAGACUUGAAAAAUUUGAAAAAUGGGCUGAAGAGAAAAAGAAAGAUAGUGAAAUGAAGAAAGAACUAAUUGAAAAGGAACUUGAACUGAUAGAAGCUGAAAUUUGUCUGGAAGAGACCAUUGAGGAUAUGGAAGAGGAACUGAAAAGGAAAGAGGAAGAGGAAGAGAAGAAAGUGGAGAUGGGUUUGCUUGAUGAAGAUUCUACUUCAUCUACCAACUUAGACAAAAAAGCAUCAGUUGAAGAGGAAGAUGAAGAAGAAGACGAUUACGAUGAUGACACAUUUGAUGCUCCACCGUCCAGUUUUGGUUCCAUUGCAGCCGAUCAAGACCCAUCAAAGGACCAGAAGCCGAACAAGCCAACAAAUUCACCAUUUUCUACUGCUUCACUACAUUUUGCUUCUAGGACUCCUGUUUCAGGGGUUCCGUCCAGACUGAUUCAAUCCAUUUUUCCCUGGACCAAGGGCAGAUCAUCAUUGAAGGCAUCGCCUUCCUCAUGUGCUAGCCGUGACUACUACUCAGAAUCACUCCGUUCAGUCUGUUUUCCAAGGAUGCCGAGCUCGAAGGGAAGCUUGAAGGCCGUUGUACCAUUCCAAUGGCAGAACAAAUCCAGCAUCCUCCACCCAAGUCGGAAGAAAUUGCAGCUGCGUCCCAGAGCUGAAUCUCAUUCAUAUCAUUUGGUUUCGAUAAAUUCGGACAAGUUUACACCAUGCGACGAUCAGUUCAACGAAACAGGAGGGAUCAGACACAGCAUAUUGUCUUGGCACACACCAUUAGAUGUUUUGGAAUCAUAUGCAGAUACUACCAAAAGAUAACCAUUUGUAAAACUUAUUCACUUGAUUUUAGAAAGCAAUUUUGCAAGAGCUACUUUGUACCAAUUGUAUUUCAUUAAAUGUACAUCACAUGCUGAUGAAAUCGGUUUUAGUCGAAUAAACUUCUUUUUAACCUUCUCCAA